GCGCCGCGGGAGGGCGGCGAGGGGAGAGGGGGCCGGGUCGGCCGUGACGCUCCGGGAGCUGCUCUCGGCGCCGGGCGAGGGUCGGUCCCCGGGCAGCCCUUCCCCGGGGCCGGGAGCUGGACCGGGACCAGGCGCUCCAGUGCACCCCGAGGCGAAGGCCCGGGUGGAGCGGCGCCUCCUGCCCGCCCAGGGAGGCCUUACCCCGGGGCCGGGGGGAUCAUAGGGCCGGAGCCCGCUGGGUUCAGGCAGGACCGCCUGGGGAGGGCCAUCAGGCUCUGCCAGAAGCCCAGGCCCUCAGGACAGGGUAGGUCCAUGGUCACACUAUGGAAAGUCAGCCCACGGUUGUUUGUCAGGAUCUGGCCCGGCGAGGGCAGCUGGGAUCUGACACAGCCCCGUGAUCAGCAGGCAGCGCCACGGUUCCUGGGAAGAGGGCGUGGGUGAUGGAGACCGGCACUCCUGCAGCACUGCUGGUCCUGGGCCGAGCUUAAACACACUUAUGGGGAGCCCCAGGCUUGGCUGAUUGGGACCAUCAGGGCCCUGACGGCAGCCUACCCCCUCUGUCCUCACUCCUUAGAGAGAGCUCUAGACCAUUAACAAGACCCCUGGGACCUACUCCAAGUACCUGACUCUCCAAGGACAUCACCCUGUUUUUGGCAUGUCCUCAGAGUUGAAGUUCCCUGUGCCCUGGGGACAUGUGGCAGCCAAGGCCUGGGGACCCUCGGAGGGACACCCUGUGCUGUGUUUGCAUGGCUGGUUGGACAAUGCCAACACCUUUGACAAGCUCAUUCCACUGCUCCCCAGAGGUUGUUAUUAUGUGGCAAUGGAUUUUUCAGGCCAUGGUUUGUCCUCCCACCGACCUGCAGGCUGCCCCUACCAUUUCCUAGAUUAUGUGACUGAUGUGCGCCGGGUGGCAGCAGCCUUGCAGUGGAGACGGUUCACACUGAUGGGUCACAGUAUGGGUGGGGCUGUGGCAGGAAUGUUCUGUUUCCUUUAUCCUGAGAUGGUGGACAAGCUGAUCCUGUUGGAAAGUCUUGGCUUUCUUCUAGCUCCAGAGGACACUGAGGCAUGGCUGAAAUCAAAACGCAGGGUGAUCGACAGACUACUGAGUCUAGAGGCAAAGCAGCAAACUCCCAAAGCACGGAGUCCUGAAGCAGCAUUGCAGAGGCUUUUAGAAGCAAACAGCCAUCUGACAGCAGAGGGUGGGGCAAUCCUGCUGCAGCGAGGAGCAACUGAGACACCCGCUGGGCUGGUGUAUAACAGAGACAUGAGAGCCCGUACGCAGAGUCGAGAGUUCUUCACGGUGGAGCAGUGUGUGAAGCUCCUGCAGAAGAUCCAGGACCGUGUUCUCAUCAUUGUAUCAAAAGAUGGACUCUUGGUACCACACAACCUACCCAGCAGAAAUCACUUUGUGAAAGCCCUGCAGGAGGCAUUUGAGUCUACCCUCAAAGAGCACAUCCAGCUAGCAGAAGUGCCUGGGAGUCAUUUUGUGCACCUGAAUGAGCCCGAGGUGGUAUCUGGGAUCAUCAGCAACUUCUUGACAGCACAGAACACCAGGGCCAGACUCUAGGAAGCCCUCACAGCUGCAGCAGUCCAGGAGAACUGGGAGCUAACAAGCAAGCUCCAGAAUUGUCACCAUUCCUACCUCACAUCCAACAUUAGAUCGUGAUAAUCUUUCCUGUGCUUAGCUCACUGCAGGGUGGAAGCAGGUCUGCCAGGGGUACUCUGAAGGAGAGCUGAGCAAAGUAUCUCAUUUUCCAAAGGGAAAAGGAAUCUUUGCUCUACUUCGAGCUCUGUGAGUACAGGGAUAGAGGCCCAGAGUGGCCUUCCCCUUGGCUUACUCUGAACUUGCACGCUCCGAACAGAGCAGAACAUAAGGCAGAGGCAUCCUCUGUGACAGCAGCAGCACCACCAGCUUUGGCACUGCAAUAGAGGUGGCUCAUCUUGCCUCCUCCCUGAGGAUAGUGCGGACAGGCUGCUCCCAGGAUUUAAAAAAAACAAGGAAAGUGUUCUCCUUCUCUGCUUACUUCCAUAGAUGCCUGAGCUCAGAGGGCCUCAGUGUCUCUGUUCCACUGUGAGAGCUACUGUUUAAGAAUCAGCUUAAGUAAGAGCUCACCUGUGCAGAGAAGGCCAUUUUAAUGAACACUAGAGAAUCCCUAAUCCUCUAGCUGAAGCAGUUGGGAGAACUACAAAUUAUGGAAAAGUUGGCAGAGACAAUUUCUGUCCUAAAUAAAGAUCAAUGCUCUAAUGUUAA